UUGUAGACUCUCAGCAUGUCAGCCAAGUACGCCCUAAUCUUUGCCCUCGCGGCACUCUGCUGCCUGGUGGCCACCACAGAGGCAGCGGCCCAGCGUAGCCGGGUGCUCAGCGCUCGUCGCGGCUCCGAGCUGGUCGAGAGGACAGAAGGCAAGGAGGAGACCGAGGUGGCAGCACAGGAGCAGGAGCAGGAAGAGCAGCAGCAGCCUGAGGAUGGUAACCAGCUGGAAGGCCGCAGCGAAGACGAUGUGGCCCAGGCUGAGAACAAGCUGGAAACCACCGACAAGGAAAAGGACACUAUUGUGCGCCCCAACAAGGACGACGCCCGUGCCCGGCGCGUUGUUCGUGCCGGCCGCCGUCGUGGUGGACGUCGCGGCGGUCGCCGUGGUGGUCGUCGCGGUGGACGCCGUGGUGGUCGUCGCGGUGGACGCAGGCGCGGUGGUCGUCGUGGCUCUCGUGCUGGAGCCCGCCGCCGCAAGUCCGUGAAGAGGCGUUCCGGCAAGGGCAACCGAGGAUAA